UCACUGUUGUUUUCUAUAUAAGUGCAAUGUAUCCAUAUUCAUUAUAGAUUGGACGGUAACCUUACAGCUAUGAAAAGCAGCCUAGUGUUUCUGUGUGUAGCCAUUGCGUCAGUGAGCGCCAGUGACGAGUGGGGAAACAAGAAGCCCAAGUGUUGUGAUAAGGUAUGUGGCUGUGAGAUGGGUCAGAACCCGCCUGAGUGUCUGCAAGGGAUGGAUCCACACGAGUGUGUUUUCUUUGGAGACAUCUGCCGGAUUGGCGGCGGAUUUAUGUUCUCGGAGAGCUGCCCUUGCCGAGGGAAAAAGAACAGGUUUUGUGUUGGCGAAGGUGUGGCAAAAAAAGCGAAGGACAUGACCUUAGAAGAGAAGACGCAGUCCUACCAAAACCUGCUCAAAGCUGGUCGAGGCUUACUGAUGUCAAUGGAUGAUGAGUGCAGCCCUGAAAGUCGUUGA